AUGUACCGAGCCACAGGCGAAGAUUUUCUUUCCGUAGCUGGUGGAAGUAGCUGCGAAGCCCUGGCGUUCCUCAGCAGAGGCCCGGCGGCCAUAGUCCGCAUGCGCGGCUUGCCCUAUGACUGCAGUGCGCAACAAGUGCUCGACUUUUUCUCCUCUGGUGAAAAUGCCUGCACAGUCUUGGACGGUUUGGACGGAGUGUUGUUCGUCAAGAAGCCCGACGGACGAGCUACCGGUGACGCUUUCGUUUUGUUUGCUGACAUAUCAGACGCCCCAAAAGCUCUGGCGAAACAUCGGCAAAAUAUCGGUUCUAGGUACAUCGAGUUGUACAGGUCAACGACUGCAGAAGUUCUACAGGUUCUUAACCGAUCCAUGAUGAUGGAACCACGACCAACGCCCCAGUUGCCACCUAUGCCGAUGCCCAACUAUUCUUUACUGCCUCAGGAUGUAAUCACAUCAGGGACAAGGAAGGAUUGUGUCAGGUUACGGGGACUGCCUUAUGAAUCCCAAAUGCAACAUAUUCUGGACUUUCUGGGUGAAUACGCAAAGAACAUUAUGUACCAGGGCGUGCAUAUGGUUAAUAACGCACAGGGUCAGCCUAGUGGUGAAGCUUUCAUACGAAUGGAUUCUGAACAGUCGGCAUUCGUCACAGCUGAACAGAAGCACUACAGGUACAUGAUCUUCGGAAAGAAGCAACGUUACAUUGAAGUGUUUCAAUGUUCCGGAGAAGAUAUGAACCUGGCGCUUACUGAAGGUUUACCAGCUCCAACGUCGCCGGCCAAAGCAACAGCACCAGCGCCCACUCAUAGUCCCCCUCCCGCGACCCAAUCGACCCUUUGGGACCCCGCUCUAUUGCAAGCGCAGCAAAAUUUAAUUGCGCCUCAAACGCAAGCGCACGCUCAAAGCGAAAUGUUGCUCAUGAAUCAAAUCGCUCACUCGCAAGGUAAUUUAGCCAUGCUACCGUCGCCGUUGUUUCCUGGAAACGCCGCCAAAAUGCAACAAUUUAUUCACAUGACGCCUGUUCAGAAUCCUUAUGUCGCUUUGUUGCCUUGCCUUCCCGUGUAUUUUUCUGGAAAUUGUGGGCCUAAUUUUGGUCUGCUUGGUGCACAGUUUCCUCCGACACCGGGUUUGUUACCGAUGGUACCUCAUGCGGCCAUGAAAAGGAGCUACGGCGAUGCUUUCCAAGAGCAAGCGGCUACGGCUAAAAUAGCUUAUGUGCUUUCAGCGGCCACUAGUACCGGUUCGGCUUGUGCCAAUGCUGUACCGAUGUAUCAACAUUUUUAUUCGCCCCUGUAG